GGUCAAAAUAUUGAAAAUUUAUUUAUUCUCCAAUAGAGAAAGGGUUAAAAAUUCACAAAAGCCAAAAUGGCGGCUUUUGAAGAAAUGGGAGUCCUGCCCGAAUUAGGAAAAGCUGUCGAAGAAAUGGAUUGGAUGCUUCCAACUGAUGUACAGGCGGAAGCAAUUCCCCUAAUUUUGGGUGGUGGAGACGUUCUAAUGGCUGCCGAAACAGGAAGUGGAAAAACAGGCGCAUUCUGCCUGCCAAUCAUACAAAUUGUCUGGGAGACUCUAAAGGAUUUGGAAUCUGGAAAAGGAACCAAAUCAUCAUCAUCAGCUCAGUCUUCUCCCAACUGGCUUCUAAGUAUGUUCGAUCGUGGAUCAGCAUUAGCGGUAACUCCCGAUGGAUUACUUUGCCAAAGUCGAGAACCUCGCGACUGGCAUGGUUGUCGAGCAAAUAAGGGAAUUCAAGGAAAUGGAAAAUUCUUUUUCGAAUCUGUCGUCACUGACGAGGGUCUUUGUCGUGUAGGAUGGUCCACAGCCCAGGCUGCCUUGGACUUGGGAACUGACAAAUUUGGUUUCGGUUUCGGUGGCACUGGCAAAAAGUCGAAUGCAAGACAAUUCGACAGUUAUGGCGAAUCUUUUGGCAUGCACGACGUGAUUGGAUGUCUUUUAGAUUUACAAAAAGGCGAGAUUCGAUUCAUGAAAAAUGGUGUCGAUUUGGGAACAGCAUUUACAUUGAAUCCACAGCAAAAGCAAAUGACAUACUUUCCAGCGGUGGUGCUAAAGAAUGCUGAAAUGUCUUUUAAUUUUGGUGCUCAACCAUUUAAGCAUCCGCCACCAAACGAUUUUGUAGCACUAUCGUCAGCGCCUAAGGAUAAUAUUAAACCUAAUCCCAAUAAUACUUCUGGCUCUAAGGGAGAAGAUUCGAAACCAAUGAAUAAUGCCCCUCAAGCAAUCGUCAUCGAACCUUCUCGUGAACUUGCCGAACAAACCUACAAUCAGAUUCAGAAGUUUAAAGGUCACAUUAAAGAUCCGGUUGUUAGAGAACUGCUGGUAAUUGGUGGUGUUAAUGUCAAGGAACAGAUUGCAGUUUUGAAUGCAGGUGUUGAUAUUGUUGUCGGCACUCCCGGUAGACUAGAGGAUUUAAUUCAAGGAGGAUAUUUAUCUCUAACUCACUGCAGAUUUUUCGUCCUCGACGAGGCAGACGGUCUUUUGAAACAAGGUUACAAGGAUAUGAUCGAUAGACUACAUAAGCAAAUUCCCAAAAUUACGAGCGACGGUAAACGAUUGCAAAUGAUCGUCUGCUCUGCGACAUUACACGAUUUCGAUGUCAAAAAAAUGGCGGAACGUUUGAUGCAUUUUCCAACUUGGGUAGAUUUGAAGGGCGAGGACGCAGUUCCCGAGACGGUGCAUCAUGUGGUUGUUAUGGUCGAUCCCCAAAAGGAUAAGACUUGGGAAAAUUUACGACAACACAUUCAGACUGACAAUGUUCAUAUUAGAGAUAACGUGAGACCUGGAAGUAACACAAUUGAAACCCUAUCGGAAGCAGUAAAAAUUUUAAAGGGGGAAUAUUGUGUUCGGGCGAUUAGAGAGCACAAGAUGGAUAGAGCAUUAAUUUUCUGCAGGACGAAAAUUGAUUGCGACAAUUUAGAACGAUAUUUCAGAUUAGUGGGGAACAGGGAUCUCUCUUGCGUUUGUCUGCACGGCGACAGAAAACCAAACGAAAGAAAAGCGAAUUUGGAGAAAUUUAAGAGACAAGAGGUCAAAUAUUUAAUCUGCACUGAUGUCGCCGCAAGAGGAUUGGACAUCACAGGCUUACCUUUCAUGAUUAAUGUAACCCUCCCGGAUGAAAAAUCAAAUUACGUUCAUCGUAUCGGAAGAGUGGGAAGAGCAGAGAGAAUGGGCUUAGCGAUCUCUCUAGUGAGUUCCGUUCCCGAAAAAGUUUGGUAUCACGGAGAAUGGUGUUCGACUCGAGGAAGAAAUUGCAACAACACCAGUUUAACUGAUCAAGGUGGAUGUUGUAUUUGGUAUCAGGAACCUAGAUAUUUAGCUGAUAUUGAGGAUCAUCUGAACAUAACGAUUCAACAAGUCGAAUCUGACAUGAAAGUACCAAUGAAUGAUUUCGAUGGUAAAGUUACUUAUGGACAGAAAAGAUUGAAUCUAGGUUCUGAUUACAAAAAUCACGUACAACAAAUGGCACCGACUGUUGCUGAAUUAGCGUCUCUAGAGUCGACGGCUCAACUUUCAUUUUUAAAAUGGCACAUGAACUUAGUGUGAAUAUUGUGGUUUUUAUAGAAAUGUUGUCCUUUUUUACGAACUUUUAAAGUCAUCUCCUAUAAUUCUUCUAUCAAAAGUUAAUUACACGAAAUACAGAAGUGUAAAAUUAUUAUUUUUUUUAUAUUACAAUAAAUAUAAAUUGGUAAAAUUGUCAAAAA